AUGGGUCAGCUGUGUGCAAAGUGUGCUCAGUUGCUUUGUGACUUCCUUCUCUCCAUGAAAACAUGCUCCUUGGGUCUGGUACAUGACAUUAGGGAGUGUUUGGCUCAGAUCCAAAUCUGCCCCUGUCUAAAACGAAAAAGCUUUGAAGCAAGGCAGCUAUACAAGCCUGUCGUUCAACCCCAGGAGGAGGAGAUUGCCCAGGAGUUUCUGCAGCACAUGGAAAGAGGUUUUGAAAUGUCGCCACUUGGCAAGGACUCCCUAGAGGCUCUGAGGACCUUGGCAUUUUCAGAGAACCCUGGCUUCCAGAAGUCUGCAGCCCUCUAUUAUUUACACAUAAGUCAACACUUGAACAUCCAGUUGCCUCCAGAGCAUUUGGAAACAUACUACGCUUUGUUGAAGUCUAAUGACUUGGAGGUUCAGCAGAUUUCAUCUUUGUCACUCGUCAAUUUCUUACUGGAAGGAAAUGUAACUAAAGAACACAUUAUACAAAUGGAUUUACUUGAGCCAGUUCUGGAACUGCUUGAAUCGGAUGAUGCCACUGUCCAGUGUAAUUCCUGUGCCUGCAUAAUGACACUGGCUGUCUCGGAUGUCAACCAAGAAGCAAUUGGAGCAGCAGGAGGCGUUGUACCCUUACUUGCCCUUUCUAAAUCUAAUGAUCUUAGAGUCCAACAAAAUGCAGUUGGAGCCAUUUUCAACCUCACACAAUCCGAAUGGAUCCGACAGCUUUUGUUUCGUCAAGGCACUCUCCCAGUUCUCAUCCUUUUAUUAGAGUCUCCUGACUCAGAAGUACAGUACUAUAGCUGUGCUGCUCUAAGCAACAUGGCCACAAACUCCCAGCACCACGAAGCUAUGCUGCAAAUUGGAGACAGGUUUCUUCUGCGGACGCUCCUUUCUCUCCUGGCUUCAUCUGAGGACAAGGUUUCAAACCAAGCUUGUGUUUGUCUCAGGAAUUUAGCCACAAGUGAGCGUGUUCAGACCAGCAUCGUUGCUCUGCCCAUCCUACCCCACCUCCUCCCUCUCCUGGCAUCGAACAAUCCAAAGAUUCAGCAGAAUGCCAUCAUUCUCCUCCGGAUGCUCUCCCAACACCCAGCCAACCAGAAUGCCCUGAUAUGUGAUGAGGUGCUGCAGGCUUUGGGGACACUGCUGCUUACCUGGAAAACAGAGCCUGUGAUUAUUGGUCAUGCUGCUUGCUUCAUCAAAAAUCUAAGUCUUUCCCAAGGCAUCCAGAGAGUCGUAGAAAGUCCAUGCGUCAAAGGACUUCUUCAAGCUGUCCACAGUGCUGACUUGCUAGAAGAGGAACCUCUUCUAUGUGUGACAUCUUGUCUUACUGAACUGGUAAAGCACGAAGGAGCUGCAGCGCGCAUGUUGGAAUUGAUGGAUGAACCAUUGAUAGAUAGCCUAGUGAGACUGGCUGGCCAAGUGGAACAAACGGAGCCUUCUUUCCAGGCUGCCUUCAUGAUCAGACACAUCAUACAGCACAAAGAGGCAGUGUCUCUGUUGAAAUCCCACAUGAACAAAGUUCAACAAUACCUCAUGAAGUAUCUUAUCCACCAGGAGAAUCGCUUUCAGCAGCUGGGCAUAGCCACUCUCUGCAUAUUACAAAAAGAUCCAGAAUUUUCAUCUGCAUUCAGCCAUAGUCAACUGAAGAAAUACCUUGACCAAGUCUGUCAACAAACUGAAGAAAUGCAAGAGCUUCUAAGUAUUGCUUUCAAACACAUGGACACAUGAGGCACUGUUCCAUCCUGCAUUAAUGUUUUUCUGUAGAUGAUUUAGUUCUCUAUGUGGCCAGUCUGUGAACAGGCAUCUGAUUCAAGAUGUGAGUAUCUUACAUUCAUCCCACAGCCACAACCGCAGUCAGGAUAUGCAUAAUAGGAUUCUUAUUUCCAUAGUUUGGGUGGAAAUUAAGGCCAAGUUACACAGAAAUGCUUCAAUAGUCAACUUGAUUUCCCCCCAUAUAAUCCAGUUCCCAU